AUUUCGAAUCGAAUUUUCACUCGCGAAAUCAAAACUGAAUUCCGCGUUGCUCGCUCGUUCGAAGGAUUUUCGAUUCGAUUCGAUCGUGUUCGAAGGUUUUGGUUGGUGAGAUGAUGACUACGCCGGUGAUGAUGAGGAGGGCCAGGGCGAGGCGGCCGUUCGCCGUGUUGGCGGCGGCGGCGCCGCCGCCGCCGUCGGCGGGGAGGAAUCGGGAGAACGUCGAGGGCGAGGCGAUGUCGUUCUCGCAGUGCGUUCGUCGGUUCGGGAAGCCGGCGGCCAAGAAGGGCUCGGCGAGGACGCCAAGACGUGCGACUCCGGUGGCGGCGGCGGCGGCGGCGGCGUACGACGCGCCGCGGGCGCCGCUGUGGGACCGAUCGGAGGAGCGGGAGAGGAUCAGGGCCAGGCUGUCGUCUCCCGACGACGGUGGCGAGGAGGAGGAGGGGUCGUCGGGGAAGAAGAGGACGAGGACGAGGACGAGGACGAGGACGAGGAGGAGCGUGGCGCUGCGGGAGGCCAUGGCGGGGCUCCCGGAGCACGGCGACGGCCGCGUGAGGUACCUGGUCGACACGUUCGAGAGGCUCCUCUCGCUCUCCAGCGACCCGGGGGAGCAGAGCAGGAGGAGGAGGAAGAAGAAGACGCCGGUGGCGAGGAAGACGGGCUCCUCGUGGCCGCCGCCGCCGACUCCGACUCCGACGACGACGAGAGCGGACGAGAUCGACGUGUCGUACCCCUCCAUCGCCUCCUCCUCCGAGGUCUCCUUCCCCAUCAACGGUGUCGUGCUCAGGAGAAGCAUCGCACGAGAUGAACCACCCAGGAGGCAGAAGAGAUGCAGCAGCAUCUGUUCGUCGGAGAGGAGCUGGAGUAGGAAGAAGAUAGGCGUGACAAUCCAGCGUCCUUUCAAUCUCAGGACCGAGAGAAGAGGGAAGAUGAAAGAGGAGAGCUUGGUUCAGAGAAUGAAGAACAAGCUGCUGGAGGAAGAGAGGCUGCGCAACCCGGUCGCGCAAGGUCUCCCAUGGACCACUGAUGUACCUGAGAACCCAGUGAAACCUCUGGGGAAAGAGCCCACUGAACCGAUUGAUGUUGUGCUACAUAGCGAGAUUCGCUCUGUCGGUCGCGCCAGGUUCGAUCACCAAGUGGCCGAACGUAACAGCUUCCUGGAGAAACUGAACAUGGAGAGGGAGAGGCAGCAAAAGCUGGAUGAAGAGCUUGAGAUUAAGCAGCUGAGGAAGGAGCAGGUGCCAAGAGCGCAUCCAAUGCCGGAUUUUUCCAAGCCGUUUGUGCCGAAAAGGUCAGUGAAACCUCAAACAGUUCCCAGAGAGCCAAAAUUUCACCCAAGGCUAACUAGGAGCAAUUCCAAGACUUGAUUUGAUGCCUUCAGAGAUUCACCAUUUCCUCCUAUCUCCACAAGAGAAUGGCAGUAAUCGUCAUCGCUGUUACAUAUCUAUUUACUGUUUUGCUUAUGUGAUUCAUCGUUUACUGUUACAUAGUCAUUUGCUGUCAUCAAACAUCUCUGAAUUCAGGGAAACUGCUGAUUGAUGAUGUAAAAUGUUGAUUCAAAUGUGUAGAAAAACAAAAAAUCGGACAUGUUUUGGUCACUGUGUCGAUACUCGUAUCGAUUUCUUGUAGUUUACA